GACGCAGCCAAAUAAAUAAAUAAAUUUUAUAUAAUUAAUGAAUGAAUGAAAGAGAUUCAAUGGUUAAGAGUUUAAGACUGGCACAGUGCAGACCUUGGCUCUGCUAGUUUUGGGCAAGUCAACCUCUCCAAGGUCAGAUUCAUCUUCUGUAAAAGGGGAAAUGGUUCUGAUACAUUCCUCAUAGGCUUAUUGAAAGCAGUGCAUUUGCCAAUGUACAGGGCAUGCUCUGCACAACAUCUGGGGCGGGCUGGGUCCUCCGGAGGUUCUUAGUGGGAAGGAGAGGAGGCAUGUUUUGUGAGAACCUCUGCCAUCCCGCCACAGUUCUGUUAAACCCACCCCUCUCCUCCCAUGGAGGUGGGCGCAGAACUGGGCUUAAUAGGGGCAUGGUGGCCAGUUGCCUGGCCUAAGGUGGAGCUGGGGGCCAGGGCUGCCCGGCAGGACCAGGGACCAGAGGCAGGACGUGAAUUGAUUAGCAGGUGAAGGCCCUGCCAGCUGUGGCCACCAGGGGGCACCCCCGCCCCAGAGAUGGCCUGGCCCAGUCAGACACACCCACUCCUCAUCCGAAGAGACUCUGUUCUGGCCCGUCCUGGGGUAGAACAACGUUCUGUUGGGACAGAACAUGACAGUCUUGCGUGCAGUUGGUCAGACUUCCCCAGGCAGGCCCCAUGGCCUGUGGAAAACUCUCAGGCCCAAGGCAGAGGUCUGGAUUAUAACUCUGACUCUGCUACCCAUGACCUUGGGCAAGCCUCUUCCCUCACUGGCCCAGUUCACAGGGUUGGAACAGACUCCAAAGUCCCUUCCAGCGCUAAGAGUACGUGGUUCUCGGGUUUGAAGCCGGGUGGUUUCUUUUUGCUCACCCUAGCGCUUCUCCACUCAGGGCAGCACACACAUGCCCGCUGGCAGUGAACCUGGCCAGGGAAGCCACCUGUCCCAGACCCUCAACUCCAAAGCACUGCGACACUAGGGGGGAGGGGUAGUGCGGGCGGGUUGGGGUGGGGUGUGGGGAGGAGGAAGGGCAAGGUCAGGUGAACCUGAACCGAGAGCCUCAAUGGGUCUUGCUUCAUUCGGGACAGACAUCCGGUUUCCUCUGGUCUCUGCCAGGAUUCCGGGGGCUUAAAGGAAUGAGUCAUGGGGGGGAUUGGGGAGUUCCCAGCUAAUCAGUUCGGGACAGGAACCAGGGUGAUGCCUCUCAACAUGUGCGGUGGGGACAGGAGGCAAGACCCCAGUGUUCCUAUCUCAGGCCCCUGGCCCCUCAAGAGGGCACUCAGAGAGGCAGUCUCUGGGAAUUGGGGGGGAUAGAAAUAGGGCAACUGGUUUCUUCCUUCUCAGAAUUGGGGGCCUAGGGAGCAGGUGGCUUGAGAAUCCCAAGGGAGAGUGGCAAAUGGGGCUGACCCAGGAGAUGUGCCAGGGGAGGGUGGGAGGGAGGGCCCCAAGGCCUAGGCCUGCCUCUUCCCCGGGGUCGACCUGACUCCAGCCUCCCUGGCUUUUAUCAUUGGCUCAGCUUUGGUUCAGCGGUUCAGUUCAAACACUCUGGGGCAAUUCAGACCUGGGUGGGGCUGAGGGGAGGAAGGGAGUUUGAGGGGGGCAAGACGUCAAAGAAGAAUCAGAGAUUCCACAAUUUCACAAAACUUUCGCAAACACUUUUUUUUGUCCCAACCCCCCUGCAUUGUCCUGGACACCAAAUUUGCAUAAAUCUUGGGAAGUUAUUACUAAGCCUUAGUCGCAGCACCAGGUAAUUUCCUCCCAGGCCUCCAUGGGCUUGUGUAUAAAGGCCCCUGGACCUGGUCCCUGACAGAACCCAGAACCUACAGACCCAUCCAGACCCCCGGCUGAACCUGCUGCCCAGAGCCCCAUGAAGCUGAUGGCCCUGCAGCUGCUGCUCUGGCACAGCGCACUCUUGACGGUGCAAGAAGCCACACCCCUCGGCCCUGCCAGCUCCCUGCCCCAGAGCUUCCUGCUUAAGUGCUUAGAGCAAGUGAGGAAAAUCCAGGCUGAUGGCGCUGAGCUGCAGGAGAGGCUGUGCACCACCCACAAGCUGUGCCACCCUGAGGAGCUGGUGCUGCUUGGGCACUCUCUGGGCAUCCCCCAGGCUUCCCUGAGUAGCUGCUCCAGCCAGACCCUGCAGCUGACAGCCUGCCUGAGCCAACUGCACGGCGGCCUCUUCCUCUACCAGGGCCUCCUGCAGGCCCUGGCGGGGAUCUCCCCAGAGUUGGCCCCCACCUUGGACAUACUGCAGCUGGACGUCACCGACUUUGCCACCAACAUCUGGCUGCAGAUGGAAGACCUGGGGGUGGCCCCUGCCGUGCAGCCCACCCAGGGCCCCAUGCCGACCUUCACCUCAGCUUUCCAGCGCCGGGCAGGAGGGGUCCUGGUUGCUUCCAAGCUGCAGAGCUUCCUGGAGCUCGCGUACCGUGUCCUGCGCUACCUGGCCGAGCCCUGAGCAAAGCCCUCCCCAUCCAGUGUAUUUAUCUCUAUUUAAUAUUUAUGCUUAUUUAAACCUAAUAUUUAAAGACGGGGAAGACAGAAAGGAGCCCCGGACUCCUGGAUCCUUCCCUCCACCUCCAAGUUUCAUUCUCCCGCCUGUAGCAGGGAGAAAAACUCCCGUCUUCCCGUCCCCUGGACUGGGAGGGAGUUGGUAAAUACCAAGUAUUACUUCCCGUGACUCCUCCCUGCCUGGCUCCGUGGUGGGCUCUGGGGAGAGCCACAGCGAACCCCUACCCUGAGGGUGCCUACCUCGGGGCCCUUGGAAUCAUCGGGAAGUCUCCCACGUGGGAGAUGAGACAGCCCUGUUUAAUAUUUAAACAGCAGUGUUCCCCAACUGGGUCCUUGCACCCCUGGCUCUGCCUGACUUGGCUGCUUCCCUCGAGUCCCCUUUGCCUCGGGCACGGAGCCCAUCAGAGGCAGCCGAAGCCGGGACGCUUGACCCUGGGGUCCCGCGAAUUCGCUGGGGAAUCGUUUUAAGAUUUUUUUCGGGCACGUUUUGACUCCUUGUGUGGGGAGCCCAGGCGACCAUCAGCGACGCCUCGUUUUUCUGGAUGCGCUAUAGACACCAUCCGUCUAGCGGCGCCUGCCCCACCCCGCCGGGGUCAGGGUCGGGAUUCUGACUCCUUUUCAGGCUGGGCAGUCGUGUCUCUGCCUUGCUGGGUGGGGCUGGGAAUGUGGGAGGGAAAAGAUGAGGGGGCUCGUGUGACGGGGUGUGAGAGGGACGCUCGACUGUUCACCUUCCCCCUCGGCGCCCACUUUCUCAUUGUAGCCAAACUUCACGAUAAUAAAGUGUUUGUCUCCAGUAAAUGUCCUUCCUCCUUCUUGAGUCCAGCUGGUGCCUGGCCAGGGGUCGCGGGCAGGGAGUUGAAUGGAGGGUGAGGCCCGAAGGAGGGGAAGAGGAGGUGCACCCACUGGGUGCAGACACUGGGCCGGGUGCUAGGACACGGCAGUGAACGAGGCAGGCGUGGUCCCUGGCCCCGUGGAGCCACCGCCUAGCAGGGAGGACAGAAGGUAGAGGGGUCACCCGUACCGGGGGAGGAGAGAG